GCAUGAAUUAGAUUUGCGAUUCACACACUGGGCACCUGUGGUGAAUGUCGCUGUCGGCGCCCCAAAGACGCUGGGUGUGUCUCUGGGCGGGGAAGUGCCCACCCACCCCGCUGCUUCUCCUACUUGACAACUAUAUGAGGAGGCGACCGUGCAGUGAUUUCUUACCACACUUUUGAGCCUCGGUGCAUGCUGCGUUGCCUUUCCGUCUCAACAACAACAAGAAGAAAGAGAAGAGGCUUCUCGCACCAGAGCGUGUUCCACCGUGGGAAUUAUUCUUAGACUUCAAUAUGCCUCGGUCGUUCCUUGUUAAGAAGUAUUUUUCCAGCAAGAAGCCACCAUGCUACAGAGAUAGCCACCUCGAGAGCCAAACUGCUUUUGUUCCAGAAAGCUUCCCACGGGCUGAUCUUCCAACCCAGAACUCUGCCCUGACCUGCUAUCCCACAGACCCGUUCAGCAGCGUGGACACCCUGCCUGCACCCCUAUCCCCAGUCACCCCAGCCUCCCUCCCGCCGUCACCGCUCGGACCUCUGGACCUCAGCAGCUCUCCUUUCAGCAGUAGCGGGGAAGAAGAGGAAGACGGGAGCCGUUCUUCGGACCCGUCCAGCCCAGACGUCAUCCAGCCCAUGUAUCACUGCAUUUACUGCAGGAAGAGCUACAGCAGCCUCUCCGCACUGUCCCACCACCAGACGUCCCACCACCAGCUCCCGGUGCGCUCUCCUUCACCGCCCACUGAGGCGUCGGCGUCACGGCCAGCCUUCCAUUGCAAACAUUGCCCCAAGGAGUACACCAGCCUGGGUGCCCUGAAGAUGCACAUCCGCUCCCACACGUUGCCAUGUGUGUGUCCCACUUGCGGCAAGGCCUUCUCCAGACCGUGGCUGCUGAGGGGACACAUUCGCACACACACAGGUGAACGUCCAUUUGCGUGUCAACACUGUAACCGGGCCUUUGCCGACCGCUCCAACCUCCGUGCACACCUGCAGACGCACUCCGAAGUGAAGAAGUACCAGUGUGGCUCCUGCUCGCGGACCUUCAGUCGCAUGUCUCUGCUGCACAAACACAAUGCCUCUGGAUGUAGCCCUGCUACGUAGCUCUCAUUCCCACCUUGAGGACUUUGCCUUGAGUGCCUUUUUUUAAUUGCAGGACUGUCUGUAUUUCCUUUUAAAUUAAUGGCUGCAGCAGCCUGUGUGUGUGUUUGUGUGUGUGUGUGAGGAUGUGUGACAUGAGAGCAGCUGGACAUGCAGUUAAAUCCCAGGAAACUCCCAUUGGUGCCGGCCGGUCCGGGACUCUGGCCAUGUUGCAGCUGCUUGGGUGUGUUUUUUUGUGCGUAUGUGGGGAUGCCAUUCCUUAUUGUGCAUACAUGAUGUGUGUGUGUGUGUGUGUGUGUUGAGACAGCUGCCCGUGAAGGUGGGUGACAGGUGACCCUCCGCUCACCCAUCCUGGAGCUCCGCAGGGUGUCAUCACAUAUGAACGGACCACUUAAGCUUGACCAAAUGACCCAGUUUGCUUUCACCACUAUUUCUCUGGUGUCUUAAUGGUAUGUGUGUUUUUUUUUGUUGUUGUUUUUAAAGGUUUUGACCAUUUUGUUCAUCACAUGCCUCGUUUGUCCAUUGUUAACCUUGCCACAUGUAAAUAAAAGCUUUG